AUGAGACCAUACCGCUUUUUCAGCGGCAAUGCUCAGCCGCUUUGGGGUGCGUGUACUGCACAGACGCGUCACAAUAUCAACGGGUUCUCCCUUUUUGCGAAGGAAAUACAGGAGAAGGAGCGGAUUCUCACAGCUAAAAACCUGCGGCGUGGGCAAGAAAAUAUGCGGGUUGUGUCGCAACGAUGGCGGGAACUCACACGUGGGGAACGUCAACGCUACAACGCACGCGCAAACGAAAUUGGAGUUCUAAAAGCUCACGAUAGCGAGAAGUCUUUCAAUGACUUUAACUUACUCAUGCGUCUUUUGUUUCGCUCCGAUGACAUGGCGAGUGCGGGCGACGAGGUAUUUACCGCCCAUAUGGCGAAGAAUACACUGACGCGGCUGAAGUCGGAGCAGAAAAAAAAACUCCGCGAAAAAAUGGUGCCCAAGGCGCUCCGCACUGCGAAGAAGCAGACGCGUGAGCGUACACUCCCUAUAGCCUGGUACUUUCCGGAAAUGCGCUACUUUACUUCUUUUGUGGAGAUGCUACGAGCUGUGGCUCCGACUCAGAGGGCCCUCUUUACGGCAGUGUCAAGGGUGCUUGCGAUCAAUCGGAUUAUAUCAGAUGAUUCCUGGACACAUCUGUCGCGGAAGUUUGACGCUCUCGCGGAGGAGGACCGGGAUAUGUUUAGGCCUGUCACUGAUGAGGAUGCGCCCUCAUUCGAGAAGUACUGUGCUUCUCACUGCGCCACCUUCGAUGUGGCGCGCUUCGACAUUGUGCGUCUCUUUGCACAGUACCGUGGACUUGUCACUGCAAAGACUUCCCUACCGGAGCCGGAGGCGACACAGUAUAAGAUGCUAAUGGAAUCCGAUCGAUUCCGUGAAAGUUUGUACUUCAAGGCGCUGCGUAACUUGGAACGGGCCAAGGCAGGCCGAAGCACGGAUCAAGGAACUUACAUCUCUCACAUACAUCCCGAUGGGGUGACGGUCCUACCCCAGACGUACCUCAUUCAGUCCAGCAUGAGCGACGUUGAGAUCGCGACACUACUGGCAGAAACACGAUACGGGAAAUCGGUAUAUGACGAUGUUAUGGAUCGGGCCCGCUGUUUCCGUCUGGACAAGGCCAACCAAUUACUAGGGGAGACGUACUUGUCGCCGGCGCGCAUCACCAAAAAAAGAGCGACGAAGAAAACUUCCAAACCAUAG